CCGGCGAGCACCCCCCGCGCCGGCAAUGGGCUUUUGCUGCCGGUGGUUCCGGAAGUCCCACCCCCCGGCCUCUGGCUCGUCCGGCCCCGACGGCGGGAGCUCCGGCGGGCCCUCCUCCGCGUCUCCGUCCACCGCACCGCAGCACGUCAAGCCCCCCGCCCCGAUCGGUCCCGUCCUCGGCCGGCCCAUGGAGGACGUCAAGAGCAUCUACAACGUCGGCAAGGAGCUCGGGCGCGGGCAGUUCGGCGUCACGUCGCUGUGCACGCAGAAGGCGACGGGGCAGAAGCUGGCGUGCAAGACCAUCAGCAAGCGGAAGCUGUCCACCAAGGAGGACGUGGAGGACGUCCGGCGGGAAGUGCAGAUCAUGUACCACCUGGCGGGCCAGCCCGGGGUGGUGGAGCUCAAGGGCGCCUACGAGGACAAGCACGCGGUGCACCUGGUCAUGGAGCUCUGCGCCGGCGGCGAGCUCUUCGACCGGAUCAUCGCCAAGGGCCACUACACGGAGCGGGCCGCCGCGGCGCUCGUCCGCACCAUCAUGGGGAUCAUCCACACCUGCCACACCAUGGGCGUCAUCCACCGCGACCUCAAGCCCGAGAACUUCCUCCUCCUCAGCAAAGAAGAAAACGCGCCGCUCAAGGCCACCGACUUCGGCCUGUCCGUCUUCUUCAAGGAGGGGGAGGUGUUCAGGGACAUCGUGGGCAGCGCCUACUACAUCGCGCCGGAGGUGCUGAAGCGGAACUACGGGCCCCAGGCCGACAUCUGGAGCGUCGGCGUCAUGCUCUACAUCCUGCUCUGCGGCGUGCCGCCGUUCUGGGCGCAGUCGGAGCACGGCAUCUUCAACUCCAUCCUGAGAGGGCAGGUGGACUUCAACAACGACCCGUGGCCGCGCAUCUCCGGCGGCGCCAAGGACCUCGUCAGGAAGAUGCUCACCUCCGACCCCAGGAGGAGGAUUUCCGCACACGACGUCCUCAAUCAUCCAUGGAUUAAAGAAGACGGCGAGGCGCCCGACACGCUGAUCGACAACGCCGUCCUUGGCAGGCUCAAGCAGUUCACAGCUAUGAACCAGUUCAAGAAGGCGGCGCUAAGGGUGAUCGCCGGGUGCUUGUCGGAGGAGGAGAUCAGGGGGCUGAAGGAGAUGUUCAAGAGCAUGGACUCGGACAACAGCGGCACCAUCACCGUGGACGAGCUCCGGAAGGGGCUGGCCAAGAAGGGGACCAAGCUCAGCGAAGCGGAGGUCCAGCAGCUGAUGGAGGCCGCGGACGCGGACGGGAACGGCAUGAUCGACUACGACGAGUUCAUCACGGCGACGAUGCACAUGAACAGGAUGGACCGGGAGGAGCACCUCUACACCGCCUUCCAGUACUUUGACAAGGACAACAGCGGGUACAUCACGAUCGAGGAGCUGGAGCAGGCCCUCAAGGAGAAAGGCCUGAUGGACGGCCGGGACAUCAAUGACAUCAUAUCGGAGGUCGACGCCGACCACGACGGGCGGAUCAACUACACGGAGUUCGUGGCGAUGAUGAGGAAGGGGGCCCCGGAGGCGGCCAACCCCAAGAAGCGCCGCGACGUCAUGCUCUAGCGAGCUGAGCCACCUCCAUCAGGCAGGGAGGACAGAAGUAUUUCAGGGUGGCUAUGCCGUAGUACGUCCUUGCAGGGCCACUUAAAUUAUCGUGGUAGGUUAGGCACGCAGCACUGCAGCAGGCGCAGACAAGAAUAUAUGCAGGACAGGGGAGGGACGAUGAUACUAACGUAUACGCAUGCUUUGGAAGAGGAAACUAGAUGUGCAG